ACUAAAACAAAACAAUACCUUUUACAGAGAGUGUUCAGUGAUUCAUAGGCAAUGGGCACUGAUAUUAAUUGGAGCACUGUUAUUUAUGGAAUGAAGACAGGUAAAGUCCAGUGGGCAUAAGUCAGAUAUAACUAAUAAAAGAGCUAAUAUCAGAAGUGGAAACUGACACUGACUAGUGCUGGCACUGGGAGAGGACUUGUGGACUCUGUUAUAGACAUAGUACUGGAACUAACACAGAUAGGGAGAGCUAGGACAGAGAGUGGGCAGCAAUCCACAUACACAGAUAACUGGUACAAAGAACACUUAUUGACCUAGUUAAUAUGGAGAAAAGUCAGGACUUGCACUCAUCUGAUUCUAUUUCAGAACUGAAAGCAGCAUCUCUAAGAGAUGGACCACCACCAGAAAAAUGGAAGAAAGGUGGGCGAGUUCUGUCUGGUCUUAUUGGUUCUAAUGUCCUAUUGUUCAGCUGUGCCUUGAUAACCUGUGCCUUCACUGAAGAACUGUAUAUAUGGGAGAAGGACCUGCUCAUAUAUCUGUCUUUCUUGAUGCUGAUCUGCAUUCUAUGGAUGUGUUUCCAGAUGUGUUUUUCCUAUAUGUGCAAAGGUGCAGUCAAUUAUAAGGAUUGUGAGGCAGGACCUAUAUGGAUGAGAGGGAGCAUCGUUCUGUUUGGGAUUGGGACUCUCAUUAUGAAUGGCUUUGGGAUCGCAAACUCACUGGAGCGUCUGCACUGCAAGCAUUAUGCCAUCAACGUUACUUACCCUGCCAUACAUGCUACAUUUGUCAUUGUUCAGACUUACUUCCUUUGGGUGUCUUGCAAACACUGCGUCCAGAUAUUCAAGAACACCACCAGGUGUGGUCUGAUGUUUUUGCUGACUGUGAAUUUGACCAUUUGGGUGAUUGCAGUGAUUGAGGAAUCAAGACAUCACACUCUCGAAUUGGAGCGAUAUCUGGAGGCAAACAGUUCAGUGAACAUAAACACAGAACAUGAAGAACACGCUGAGAUGCUCCAGUCAUCUCAGUGCACUUCCAUUCGCAGUUUUCUCCCCGUCUCAUUUGUCUAUCUGUAUCCCUUCUACAUUGAGUACAACCUCCUUUCAGCAGCCAUGGUUUACAUCAUGUGGAAAAAUGUUGGGCGUCAGAUAGAUGAUAAUGCAUCACAUCACCACGGGCUGGGUCCAGGAAUCCAGGAACACAUUCCUAUCUUUGGCCUGUUCUCUGGAGUUGCUAUAUUGGUCACUGGAUUGGUAAUGUUCAUUUUAUAUGAAAUAGGAAGGGAGCGUGACAUGAUGGAUUUGCUUUCACUGACAACUUUCUACUAUUUUCAUGUAAUCAGCCUUAGUCUUAUGAGUCUGGCCACCCUUGUAGGUAUCAUCAUCUUCCGGUUGGAUAAGAGGAGCAUGGACAAUGAAAAAAAUCCUAGCCGGACAUUGGACAUGAUCCUGCUCUUGUGUACUACUUUAGCCCAAUAUGGGAUCUCCUAUUAUUCUAUUAUAGCUAUGGUCGCUUUAUCUCCUCUCAAGCUUCUCAGCUCUCUCACCCUUAUAUACUCAUUACUGAUGAUUGUCCAGCAUUCCUUGCAAAAUGCCUUUAUCAUUGAGGGUCUCCAUCGUCUUCCACCAAAGCUCCCCCUUACCUCACAUGGAAGGUCAGACCAUUUCACAUUUAAAAGCCACCAAGGCUCCAGGGAAAAUAUCAAUAUUGAAGAGAUGGAGGUCUCUUGUGUCAAAGAACAUGAAGACCCACCUACUGCCCAGGAGUUCUCCAGAAGAGCUACACUGACUGACCACAUCAAGUCACAUCUCAAAGAAAGGAAGACAUUGAAGGAUAUCUAUUUAUUUCUCUUCCUUUGUAACAUUAUUUUUUGGAUCUUGCCAGCAUUCGGGGCUCGGAUUCGCUUUGACACUGGUCUGGAAGUGAAGUUUUUUGGAUUCUUUAUGUGGGCUAUCAUUACCAACAUCUGCCUUCCAUUUGGGAUAUUCUACCGGAUGCAUUCAGCUGCCACCCUACUGGAGCUUUACAGUGUGUCUUAGCAUGGAUAUUACUGGGCACUGUGGGCAGCAAAUGGAACUCACUGCAUCAACAAAGACAAUAAAACAGCAAUUGAAAGCAGAAUCAGAGACUCGGAUGCCUUGGUUAAAUCAUUUUUUUUAAAAAGAAAAAUAUAUUUUCUCUAGAACAUUUAAUUAUUCAUAUUCUAUGUUAUUGAUCUGGGGCACUUUGUGGGGAAAAGGGUUUUAUAUUAGGUUAAAAGGAUAUUAAGCUGUAAACAGAAAAAAACAUUAUGCACAAUAAAAACACAUUUUAAAUGUUUAAAGGGACAUUGUAUACUAGAUGUUUCUUUGCAUAAAUGUUUUGUAGAUUAUCCAUUUAUAUAGCACCUACAGGUUUUUUUUUUAAAUGUAUAUUUUUGCUUAUUUUUAAAUAACAUUGUGCUGAUUUUCAGACUCCUAACCAAUCCCCAAAGUUUUAGAAGCAUACUGAUGUCUACCUACUUCAGCUUGCUCCUGUUUGUGUAAAGGGUCUUUUCAUAUGCAGGAGAGGGAGAAUGUCUGCUCUUUUUGCUUUAUAGCCCAUUUUAGUGGGUGUCCCAGACUACCCUUAUCAACAGUGCUAAACUGGGAGCAUCUAAAUAAGUUUUUAAAUGGUUUUAUACUGGAUUUUUAGAUCAGUAGCUGUACAUAUUCUUCUUUAUAGUAGUCUCUAUUACAUGCAGUGUAUACUGUCCCUUUAAAAUAUUAUUUGCAUUAAAAAGGUUAAG